UUCCAGGCAGGUAACACCCGUCCCCAUAGAUACAGGCUCCUACAACAGCGCUCCUCUAGCACCGGUAGACCGCUGACUUCUCCGGGCAAUGACAGCUUCUUUAUGAAGCAGCUAAUGUUUACACUUUCAAUUUCCCACCAGAACGUUCUUCCGGAUGGUUGCUAAACAGGCUAUUCUUCAUCAUUGGAUUAACGGACAUCCAGCGACGGCUUCGCUCCGACAGGCCGGAGAUUUGUGUCGCUGGACAGGGAGGAGUCUCCGUUAUUCCACCGUUGGCUGGAGGAUCCAGGCCCAGCAUGUCUGCUUUUUAACAUUACAGCUACCUGCAGAGCCGAGGCUAUACACAAGGACGCAAAUGCGCUCUUAGAAGAUGGAUGUGAGUGCUGGCAGGGACAGCACCUGGAGGAGAACAGCACGAGCUGAAGAUGAGGAGGAUGGAGGAGGAGCAGGAGGAGGAGGCAUGGAGGCUCAGGUUGUACCACUGGAGCUCUACGAUUGUGCCAGGUCCAAAAUAGAAGCUAACCUACGCUGGUUGUUUGCUAAAGCCUACGGCAUAGAUAACAUCCCUACAGAUCUUCGGGAUCCAUUUUAUACAGACCAGUAUGAGCAGGAGCACAUCAAGCCCCCCAUCAUCAACCUGCUGCUGUCUGGAGAGCUCUACAGCCGAGUGUGUGGGCUCAUCCUUCCAGCUGAACAGGCCGCCUCCCUGCAAAGCCACCAGUCUGUCAUCAAAGCCCUCUCUAGGAAAGGAAUCUAUGUCUUGGAGACCAACAACACACCAGUGUCUGAUCGGGAUCUCAGCUCCUUUCCUAUUAAAAUGAAUUCCCACGUCCACCUGAUCGAUGCUCUGAUGAUGGCCUAUACGGUAGGAAUGAUCAGCACAGAGAAAGUGGUGUCGUCUGUGAAGCGAUUUUCAAACAUCACUGCCUCCAAGGAGCUUCCUUAUGACCUGGAAGAUGCUAUGAUCCUUUGGAUUAACAAGGUCAACAUGAAGAUGAAGGAGCUGACAGAAAAAGAGAAUAAAAUGAAGCAGCACCUCAUGGAGUCACCAGGUCACCAUAAGUCCCCCUCCAAAUGGUACUGGAAGCUGGUACCUGUACGGUACCGCAGAGAUCAUCUCUCAGGUCGCACUCUUCAGCACUUCCCCUUGUUGGAAGACUUAUUGAAGGAUGUGAGUGACGGCACAGCCCUGCUUGUUCUGAUCCACUUCUAUUGCCCGGAUCUUAUUAGACUUGAAGAUAUCUGCUUGAAGGAAGUUCCCUCCAUAGCAGACAGCUUGUACAACAUCCAUCUGCUAAAAGAGUUUUCUGUUGAAUAUCUGAACCAGUGCUUCUAUCUGAAUCCAGAGGAUCUUCUCUACUCACCACCUUUACUGAAGAAUAAUGUGAUGGUCUUCAUUGCUGAGCUUUUCUGGUGGUUUGAGAAUUUGAAGCCAGACUUUGUUCACCCCAGAGACCUUCAGGAGGUCAAAGAUGUGAGAGUGCUGCUGCAGCCCAGAAAUUCACGGUCUCAUGUACCCAUCUCAAAUGUCACCAAACAAAGCUUCCUGCCAACGUCAAACUCAGCUGACAUCUUCAUCACAAACCACAGCAAUGAGCCAAGCUCUAACUCACCCUCUAGCCCAUCUCAGUCCUUACCGCCCCCUAGACGGAGACAAGAGAACGCUGUUGAGAGGGGCCCUUCAGGUUUUGCUUCUCAAGAUGUAGGAAACAGGCCAAACUCCACUGUGCAAACAGAUGGACAGCGUCAAGACUCCAUAUUGGCAUGGCCAGAAAGAAGGGCGAGACCUUUGUCUCAGCCAGUGCCGUAUGCAGUGCAUUUUGCCAAAGAAGAUAAUGAGGACAGCAUUAGCCUCGCUCGGUCCAUCAGCAAGGACAGUUUGGCCUCUAACAUCAUUAGCAUGACCCCGAAACACAAGCUAGGAUCAGUUCUGCCUCACAGACUCAGUGGCCAAAGCCUUCUCAGCCACAUGCGCAUAGAGGACGAAGAAGAGGAAUUUGAGGAGGAGGAACUGGUUGCUGUCAUUCAUCCAUCCAAUCUUUCUCGACGUCGAAUCGUGAGCGAAAUGGAGCAGGAUGAGCUGGAAGCACAGAUUGGACCGUCAUUCAGCAGGGUUUCUGAUGGCUCUCAUGUUGCCCGUCAUGACUCAAGUCCAUUUGGUCAUGACCAUCAGGCGGGAGGUUACUAUCUGGAACCUUUGAUACCAACUGUCCCAAAGCAAGCCAAGGAGAAGUGUAUAUCAGUGAACAAGCAGGAGGAAAGUGGGGAGAAUCACUGCAGGGCAGUAGCAGCAGUGAAAAAAAACCCUACAAAUAUACCAAACUCCUCAAAAAGGAAGUUCCCCGUGGUUGAUUCAGUACUCACUUCUCCCAGGCCCCCUGUCGAGGGGUCAGUUGAUGCCCCCCAGUCUCCAGGCUUUUUUCUUCACUUGGGGGCUGAAUCAGAAAAGCACAUUCAUAUCUCAGCUGUCACAGAAGCAGGGCAAGACUCGGACUCCGACAUUGCUGACCUCGAGGAAGACGAUGAGGAGGACGACCAGACAGAGCUGGAGAAGACUUUGAGGGUGAAUCGUUUAGACAAGAGCAACAUCGAUGAAUUUGGAAAUGGAGAAGUUGAGUCGGCAAAGCUUAGAGAGGACUUGAAGGUAAGCGAGCAUGAGGAUAAAGAAGAUGCAAGCGGACGUUCAAGCCCUUGUCCCAGCACCGUGUCGUGGGCGAGCAGCUGCAGCGCCUCGGGUAGCAUAGGAGUCAAAAUGACCAGCUUUGCAGAGAAAAAGCUUCUUAAACUUGGCCUUCGUGAGGGAUACUCAAGUACAAGUAGCUCCCAAAAGACCACACCUGAUGGGUCCGAGAUUCCCCCUCCAUGGCAUGUGAAGGAUUCUAAUCCCAUGUUGGGGAAGAAUAUAACUGUUAGAUCUUUUGUUCCCUCAGAGCUGCUUCAGCUUCACAUGCAGCUGGAAGAGCAGAGACGUUCAAUAGAAUAUCAGAAGAAGAAGAUGGAAGCCCUGUCAGCUAAGCAGAGACUAAAGCUUGGAAAAGCUGCAUUUUUGAAUAUUGUAAAGAAGGGUGGAGGAAGGAGCGACACACUUCCUUUACCCCUAAAAAAGUCCAAGGAGUCUACUGGAUCAACAUCUACAGAGAGGAGGAAAGCAAAGCCGCAGUCAUGUAAAGAUGAUUUAUGUCUCGAUGCUCUGAAAAGUCAAACAGAGGGACGGCCGAUAAACAGAGACAAGAGCUGGAACUCUCUUUCUCAGGAUAACAGUCCUGAACCAGAUUUCAAUGAAUGCUCCCACUCUAUAGAUCUACUCAAUCAAGCUAUCAGCUCUAUCCAGCAACAGAUGAUGCAGCUUUCCUUGCAGCAAGACUUUCUGAUGAAACAAAAUGUGGUCUCACCACCAGAGCAUGCACAAACAGAUAAAAGCACAGACUCCGGGAUAGAUCCAAAUACACCCCAAACAGUAUCCUCUACCUCAGACUCUAAAGCCUUUGCAGCUCACUUUGUAGAUAUCGGUGGCAGUAGUUCGAUGCCUUCCCGCCGUCCUCCCAAACUUACUUCCAGCCAACGACACAAAGUAGCAGAGCGCAAACAAAUGAAAGAAAAAAGCAAACCGGCUUUAAGUAAGUCCACCGACCCGCUCCAGGUAAUCACGACUUCUUCACGGGAAUCUAAUGAUGAAGAACUGGAGACAGCCAGUGCUGCUGAAGUACAGAGCGUUCAGAGGAGUGCUACAUUCAGAGUGCAUGGAAGCACUGAAAAGGGAAGUGCGCACUCUCCAGGCAAACUAAAAUCACAUAACUCGCAAGUUAUGUUCAAGACAUCUGAAUCUGCAUCACUGGAAGCAGAACAAGAGGUAGACCAAGCAGCCAACUACAGCAAACAGAAUGACUGUGCCGAUGAGAGCGCCAGGAUCAAGAGUCAGCUGAUCGAGGUGGACCUGUCAGAGCUAAAGGAUCCAGUGGAGGAUGCCGGCGCAGAUGUCCUAGAAAGCUCAGCAGAAGCCGAGCAGAAAGGUGUAAUAGGCUUCUUCUUUAAGGAUGAUGAGAAGGCAGAGGAUGAAAUGGCAAAACGCCGUGCCGCCUUCCUCCUCAAACAGCAGCGCAAAGCUGAGGAGGCUAGACUCCGGAAACUGCAGCAAGAAGCAGAAAGUGAGAUAAAACGUGAUGAGGCUCGACGGAAAGCAGAGGAGGACCGUAUUCGUAAAGAAGAAGAGAAGGCCCGUCGAGAGCUUAUCAAACAGGAGUAUCUGCGGAGAAAGCAAGAAGCUCUUAUGGAAGAACAGGGUCUCACCAAGCCUCGCACCAGGACCAAACCUCGGAGGAACAGACCCAAAUCCAUGCAUCGGGGAGAAACCAGCAGCCUUCCUAAAGGAUCCACAACUCCUGAUCUGAGCUUCAGUCAUCGAGGAUCAACACUGUCGUUGGUGACUGAUGCAGACAGCGUCAUCUCUGGUGGGGCAGACUCAAACAGGGCUGCAUCUGUGUGCUCUGUGGAUUCGUUCCCUAUGCUGAGCAGGGCAUCCAGCAGGAACAUGGACCGAGACUGGGAGAGCGCUUCCAUAGCCUCAUCAGUCAUUUCAAUGGAGUACAGUGGUCCUAAACUCUUCAAGGAACCAAGCUCCAAAUCCAACAAGCCAAUCAUCAUCAAUGCCAUCGCCCACUGCUGCCUGGCUGGGAAGGUUAAUGAGGUCCAGAAGAAUGUUAUCCUUGAGGAAAUGGAAAAGUGUGAAUCCAACCACCUCUUCAUCCUCUUCCGCGAUGGCGGGUGUCAGUUUCGAGCCAUUUACACAUACUCACCAGACACCGAGGUGAUCGUCAAGUACACGGGCACAGGGCCGCGCACCAUCACCGCCAAGAUGAUCGACAAGCUGUACAAAUACAACUCAGACCGCAAGCAAUUCACCGUGAUCCCCGCCAAGACUGUGUCUGUUAGCGUGGAUGCUCUGACCAUCCACAACCACCUGUGGCAGAUCAGGAGACCAGGGAGCGCUCGGAGAAAAUGAGCAAAAAUGACACUGUUUGUGUUUAAUAAGCUACAGUUGGGCAGGACCCAAAAAAAGUACAAACUUGGAGAAGAUUGAUGGGAUUAGAAGGAAAGUUAGAUGAUCUAUGGCAGUGUGAGUAUUUAACACCCACUAACUCACUGUACUCUGUCUUUUCAAUUCGUUACCUUUUAUUAUGCAUGGUACACUUAUUUUAAUUUUAUCAUAAUCCAAAGCCACCUACCGUAGUCUUGUCCCGCUAAAUCUCCUCCCAGAAGCAAACAUGCUAUGCUACUGAUGCAAAGUGCAGCUUUAGGCAGGCUGUGAUGUACCAAGUCAGGACUUUAAAGUUUGUUAACUCAGCUACGCAUUUAAAAGCAAAAAAAAAACAAACAAAAAAACUAGUGGGAUUCCUUCACACUGGUACCUACUCAGACGAUGAGCUUUGAGCAUACGGAUGGGUUGAAUAUUAGCAGUAUUGGUCUAGUUUAGGGUGUGUGCAGAAAUGAAUGAUUGUGUCAGUAAGGGUUCAAGCAUUGCUUUAAAUUGUUAUUUUAUUUUGUUAAUUUUAUUCAAUAUUGAGUCUCUUUGUUGUUAAAAGUGAAACCAGGACCAGUAACAUUGGUUUCACAGUAAGGGAAAUAUUCUACUAUUCAUCCUACACAUAAAGCAUUUUUUCAAAUUAUACCAUCUCUCUGUGAAAAUCCAUUAAUCAAAAGCAACCAAGUUAUGUUGCCAAGCAGACGGCUUUUGCUCCUAUUUUGUUGUCUGGUCAGGCAUUAAUGUUUGAUGCAGCCUCGGUGGCUCAGCUAUUUCCUGCUGAUGAGCAGUUGUCAGUGUUUGGUAAAAUGUUUGGAAAAGAAACUGCACUAUACUUGAUAUAUUUGUUUGCUGCAUUUUGUACAUUUUUGAACAAUAUUUUCUGUACAUUAUUUACAAGUUCUGUUUAAUAAAAAAAAGUAGGCACUAUUUUAAAGUUUCUUAUGUUAGAGAGAUCUUAUGUCUGAUGAUUUCAGUUGUAUAUUUUAUGUUUAUUUAUUUAUUUUAAAGAGAUAUAAUAAAGUGCAACAAGAAAUUUUUCUUGUUAAAGUUGGA